CAGGUGAAGAGCCUGAAGCUCAGGAAAGAAGCAGAUGAUAUGGCAGCUUUGAGAGCGACCAGGUGGAACUUGCUUUGUUAACACGGCUAAACCUUUGAUUAUGAAGACGCUUUGUCGUAAAGACGACAGCUGCUCGAAAUGAUUUACUUAAUAUUGAUUUCCGCGUUCUCCGGAGCAGUCGUUACGUUGAUAUUACAGUUUUUGCUGAUAUACCGGAGAAGCCCCGAGCCCAUAGGCAGGACAGUGCAGUAUGUUAAAGUAGUGCCUGAUAACGCAUUGAAGGAUUACUUUAAUAGCCAACGUGCCGAGCCAGGCCAACAUGCCGAGCCAGGCCAGCAGCAGCAGGACAGCCCAGCGUCUAAAGAGGCCGUCUCAACGCGGCAGCAGGAAGCGGCUGUCCCCGGCGGCAGUCCCAAACAACAGCCGCCGCCGCCGCCUUCCCACGGCGAGCCCGUUGAUGCGGCCAAACCUGAAACGUGCAAUUUCCUAAAUGCUAUAUUUCUGUUUCUGUUCAGAGAGCUCCGAGACACCCCUGUCGUGAGACACUGGCUCACCAAAAAGAUCAAGGUGGAGUUUGAGGAGCUGCUGCAGACCAAGACGGCAGGUCGGCUCCUGGAGGGGCUCAGUCUCCGGGAUAUCUCCCUGGGCCAUUCUCUGCCCGUCUUUAAAACGGCCAGACUCAUGAAGCCGGUGCAUCUGAACGACGACGGCAUGCCCGAGGAACUCAACUUCGAGGUGGACAUCGAGUACAAUGGCGGCUUCCACCUGGCCAUCGACGUGGAGCUGGUGUUCGGGAAGUCUGCCUACCUGUUCGUUAAGAUGAGGCGCGUGGUGGGCAGGCUGAGGCUGCAGUUCACGCGCAUGCCCUUCUCCCAUUGGUCCUUCUCCUUCCUCGAGGACCCGCUGGUGGAUUUUGAGGUGAAGUCCCAGUUUGAAGGAAGGCCGCUGCCUCAGCUCACCUCCAUCAUAGUCAACCAGCUGAAACGGGUCAUCAAGAAGAAACACACCUUACCCAACUACAAAAUCAGAUACAAGCCCUUCUUCCCGUUCCAAGUGCAGCCUCUGCUGGCUCCGGCGUGUGAUUUGGACCUGUCGAUCCAGGACAACAGGCUGGUGGAGGGCCGACUCAAAGUCACACUCACUGAAUGUAGCAGACUGUUCAUCCUGGGCUCCUAUGACAGAGAAAUCUAUGUCCACUGCACCCUGGAGCUGAGCACUCACCAGUGGAAGGAGAAGACUCGCAGCUCCAUCAAACGGGCAGCUGGAAGACAAUGUUGGGGUCUUAAACACCAAACUCUGUGUGCUGAGCGUCUGCCCUCAGGAUUGUCGACGGAGGUUAUCAAGGGGCCUUGUGGGAGUGUGGGGAUGACGUUCAGGCACGUUCCUGCCAGCGAGGGGGAUGCAGUGCACGUCAGCAUUGAGACUGUCACACCCAACUCCCCUGCUGCCUUGGCAGACCUGCAGAGGGGUGAUCGUCUCAUCGCCAUCGGAGGUGUCAAAGUGACAUCCUCAGUUCAAGUGCCCAAACUGUUGAAGCAGGCUGGAGACAGAGUGGUGGUACUCUAUGAGAGACCGGUUCGUCACCAGACUUCCUCUUUUGGAAGCCUUGGAACUCUUCAGGAAGGGUUUGGGCAGCUAGAGGAAACUGGUUUUAUUUCUCAGCCAGGGGGUUAUGAGGAAGACCCAGCUCCCAUCACCACCCUUUCUGACAUACCCGACAGCAAAGACAUGGACUCUGAGUUUGAAGAGUUGAUUGUGGAGUCCAAACAUGGCCAGACUAGUGGCCCUAACAGCAGCACCACAAAUACCAGUGAUACUAAGGAGGAUUCCUUACUUACAGUAAACCAAAGCCCCAAAAGGACUGUGGCCAACUUGGCCUCUAAGCCCCUUGGUACCAUAUCCCCCAUCCUUAACCGCAAGUUAAACCUGGUGGGUCUCCAGUCACCACUAAAGCCCCAUCCCAAAGAAUCACCAAAGCCCUCACCACAUAAGACCAGUAGUGAUCCAAUGGAGGUUCUGCAACGCCCCACCGUCCCUCCCCCACCCCCACCUUCUCGCCCCCCAGUGCCACCAAGACCUCAGAUAAGGUUGACAUCAGCCUCGUCAGAAACCAGUCUUUUGGAAGGUAUUGAUUCUGUUACAACUACCAAUGCCACUGUGGUUCUUCCUACCAUAACUACCACCAUCAGCUCUUCUGAAAAAUCCCCAGAAAAAGCUCCUCUCCCUGGAGCCAACGAGGACAAGGCCGGCACUGAGAAGAUAGGUGUCAAGCAGGCUGAGGCGAAGCAGUCUACCAGGCCAGCAGAGUCCAGUGAUGACCUGCCAGUCCCUUCCACCGUCACCAGCAGUAGCAAAGCCGAUCAAGCAAAGGAAAAGGCUUCAGAGAGCUCCUGCAGCACACGGGACAGUCUAGAGGACCACUCUCUCUGGGAAUCCCCAGAAACCAUGUUUCGUAACCAGACAGCACGUUGGCCCAAGGCCUCUGUUGUGUUUGAGGUGGAGAGCAACCAUAAGUACCUUAAUGUGGCCUUGUGGUGCAAAGAUCCCUUUAAGCUGGGCAGUUUGUUGUGCCUGGGCCAUGUCAGCCUCCAGCUGGAGCAUGUAGCCCUGGAAUGCAUGGCCACAUCUUCAGCAGAGUACCAGAGCACCUUUAGGUUAGGACCUCCAGAGCCCAGAGCUAAUGUCAACCGCACUGCUCUACGCAGCCUCGGCACCCACAAGGGCUUUAAUGAGAAGCUGUGUUAUGGAGAUGUUACUCUGAACUUCUGUUACUUAGCUGAGGGUGAGUUAGAGUAUCCAGGAGGGCUGGCAGAAAAAGAGCGAGAGGGGAGUCUCCAUGAUGAGGAUCUAAGGGAGAGGGAGAGGGAGCAUAUCCCCUCUGCACAGCGUGAUGACUUGGCCUACGGUGCCAUGCAGUUGGUGGAGGUCCGUCACAACUUCCAGGACACACAAUUCCAAAACCCCACCUGGUGUGAAUACUGCAAGAAGAAGGUUUGGACCAAGGCAGCCUCUCAGUGUAUGAUCUGCGCCUACGUUUGCCACAAAAAGUGCCAGGACAAGUGCCUCGCUGAAAAUCCCUUCUGUGUGGCAGCGACUGAACGUCGCGGAGCUGACCCUGAGGCCAAAUCGACCAUUAACCGGGCCACCACUGGCCUAACACGCCAUAUUAUCAACACCAGCUCCCGCCUGCUUAACCUCCGCCAGGUGCCCAAAACUCGGCUGGUUGAGCAGGUGGCUGACGUGGUGCCUGGAGCGGUGGAGCCCUCACCCAAGCAUACCCCCAACACUUCAGACAAUGAGAGCAGUGAUACUGAGACCUACACCAGUGGCGCCAGCCCCUCAAAGCAGCCCAUCGGCAGUGGUGGCAGCAGUAAACUUGUACGUAAGGAAGGUGGUUUGGAUGACAGUGUGUUCAUUGCUGUGAAGGAGAUAGGCCGUGACCUGUACCGGGGGCUGCCCACAGAUGAGCGCUCCCAGAAGCUUGAGUUGAUGCUGGACAAGCUGCAGCAGGAAAUUGACCAGGAGUUGGAGCACAAUAACGCUCUUCUGCUGGAGGAGAGGGAGGCCACAGAUGUCCGGCGCAAGGCCCUAAUUAGUACUGCCCUGGCCAAGUCUGGGGAGAGGCUCCAGGCCCUCACCCUGCUAAUGAUCCACUACCGGGCAGGCAUUGAGGACCUGGAGUCAGUGGAGAGCACCUCUCCUUCAGAGCAGCAAGGCUGUAAAGGCAAAGGAGAAGGCCUGGAGGAAGAGGCCCUGAUGGGGACAGAGGUCUAUGACAGUGACACAUGUAGCCCUGUGGAGGUGCAACUGCUUGAUGACAUUACAGAGGAGCAGAUCUGUGUGGAGGCGCUCCACUAAAUAAGACUAGAAAGGAGAAAGAAGAGGAACAUGUGCUUUGGGCUCAUGACUCACAACAAAAUUAUGUCCAGUUUGUUUUUGAUUUCAGCAGUCCAUUUAAAAUAUCGGGUAUAUUGGGGUCCAGUGUUCACACGUGUUUUUUUAUUUUUACGUGAAAAAGAAAGGAUGGGUGAAGGAAUUUCCUCCCUAAGGAUUCAUAUUAUUGAUGUUUAAUUUGCACAAUGUGAUGCUGUUUCCAUGCUCUUGGUUUUUAAAGGGAAGCUUGAGAGCUUCAAUAUUAUCUGCCCUCAGUAGUGCUGCAUGUGUAUCCUCCAGUUAUGUUUUUCUGUGGCUUCAAAAUGUCAUUGUAAGCAUUUAAUUCGGUUUGCUUUCUUGUCUGUAACUGCUUUAACACUUAAGGACUUAAGAAAAUGUGCACAUUUCUCUGGUCUACUUGUCUAAUUCAUCUUAACUUUGGGGAAGGAAAAAUAAUUAUUCAGUAUUUGUUUGCUGUGAGUAAGAAGCCCAUAUGAGGGUGAAAUAUUUGAGUCAAUAACGGUGUGAAUACUACCAGGGCAAAGCAAGCUGUCAUACGUAUCUUUUGUUUUGAGCACUUUUUUACUGUAAUAGAAUUGGAUUAUAGAAAAUGACUCCCUGCUCACAGCACUCUUUUGGGAUUUCAGCAGUUGCACACUUAUUAGUGGAAUCUUAGAUAUAGUUUGCCCCUUUCUUUUAGUUUAUUGGUUAGGUCAAACAUGUUUUAUCAUAUAACCCAAAGUUUUCUAUUCCCUGAGAACGUGUUACGAGGUAAUUGUGCUGGGUAAAAAUUAAUACAAAAUUUCUUAACCAAAUUGUGUGUGUGUGUGUGUGUGUGUCUGUGUGUGUCUGUGUGUGUCUGUGUGUGUCUUUGUCUGUGUGUGUGAUUUCCAUGCUUCAAGUGUGUGUACAGCUGUUUGGCACUGCCUUCCCCCAUUUCCUUGCUAAACAUCAAGCAUUAAUGUAGCCUGUUACAUUGAUUCUAUCAUAACCAGCUACAGAUCCAAAAUGCUAUGCUGUUCAUCUAUCUGUUAGACCCUCAGAGAGCCACUGGAGAAAAUUGAUGGAGGAGGGAAUAUGUCUAUCUUUAAUUCUCAAGAGAUUAUCUCUUACGUAUCUUAUGAAAAAUCUACCCGAAAACACUGAACAUUUUCUAAAUCUAUAUUGGUGGUGAUGUCCUUUUCUUUGUUGAUUCUGAUUGUUAUUUAGCCAAUUGGUGCCAUGUCACAUAUUUCCAGCACAAAUACAAAUGAGUUUGUUUGUGUGUACUCAGUGAGAUUGAUGGCUUUCUAAAACUAUCAACAGCAGUCAGCAGCUUUUGGUGUCAGUGAGUCAGAAUUGUGACGUUCAGCAUGCAGGCAGGGAGAACUCCAUUAAAAGAGAUGUACAAGUAUAGUCCAACGUUUAAGUGAAGUACUUUAAAGAAAGUAGAUUAUGAAACAUGACCCAGGAGGUCCAGUUGGAGUAAUAGGUCGAUGAGUUGGAAGGCUUAUCAGACCCUAGAAUGCAACACAGCGGGGAAUACUAAAAGGAAGGAUUUCAAAAACCAGGACAGUUAUCUCAGUAGCAAUCAUUUUAUCUUUGGUCCUGACGAUCGCAGGGUCAAACGUAGAUAUAUGCUGUUCAUGUUACAGAGUAAUCUAUCAGGAAUUUGUGCUUUCGAAUAUUUACUGCCAGAUGACGCUGCAUUGAGGCAAAAGUUGAGCCAGUUUAAAUGUUCCGCUGAAUGACCCUGCGUCAGCACCCCCGCUGCACCUCAAGAGUAGCUUCAUUAAAAAAUGAUGUGGGAGUUGCAUUUUCACGCUGUGCUGAUGGCAGUCUGAAUGCAGCCUAACACCUUUGUAUAACUUCUCUGUGGGUUGUUGAACAGCAUUUCAGGAAAAGUAGGGUUCAGGCCUCAGUGUGCUACAAAGUCCUAACAGCAUCAGAGGGCUCCUGUCCCACAGCGCCAUAUGAAUCUGUGUCCAUCCAUUUUUGUAACUGUUCACGACAAUCCGACAGCCCCACUUUACACAGUUACGCAAUGUUUUUGCUUUUUACUAAUUUUAGAUAGCUAGUACUUGGAGAUUAGUGUUGGGUAUCGUUUGAAUUUUAAAAUCUGAUUUAUACUUCCGAUUCUUAUCCAUUCUCCAAUCUUAUUCUCUGGCGGCUGGACUGGAAACUGUUCACAUGCUUACUUAAAGAUGCAGUAUGUAAGACUUAUAAAACUACCUUUCUGUCAUAUCUGCUGAAACUGACCCUAUGUUCCAGUAGAACUACAUGAAGCAGGUCAUUAAAAACAAAUCUGGCUCCUCUGGC